UUUCGUACUGAACCGUUGACGGUUGCGCAUGGCGAACAGGGCCGCUGUUGCGUACGUGCGUGGGAUAUCGUGAGAAGCGUUAAACCGCGUUUGUUCGACGUAUUCACCGUUCCGCGGGUCGGACACGGGACGAAUUUCCAUUUUACACGUUUGCUCGUGUUGUUUUGCGUACCGUUCUUAGUGGUUGUGAGUGUUCUAGAAGUUGGUACAUCAUUAAGAAAAGGCAGAUGCUAUUAAAAGUUCAACAAACGCGGUUCCCAAAAAUCCGUUGAUCAGUGAUCGCGUGAGUGUUUGUGUUUUUUUAAUGGUGCUAAAAAAGUUAAUGAUGCUCCAUCAGCAAAUACUCAUCAGCUAGAUCAAUUUAUUGCAAGUGUUGUGAGUGAGCUCGACAGUAAAAUCCCCACCUUGGUACAUCCGUAGUAAAGUGUUUCAUGCAAGGUGAUUCCACAACACAUGAAGUUUGUAAUAAAAGGUGUGCAAAAAAUUGCUCCCGGAUUGUGACACGUCGUGUGCGAAGUGUUUCGUUAAUUGUUCCCCAGGAAUCACUGUCGAUCAGCGGUGGCAGCAUACCGUGUACCCGGCGGGAACUCGAAACGUCAUCAAACGCCGGUCGAUUGCCUGUUUUGUAUGGCAUUUAAUUAUCAAUAUUCACGAUGAAUAACAAUGGCGAUACGAAGCCAUCGAUAGUUGACGUUGAGAAGGGGCAGCCAGAGAAUGAGCUCGCGCGGCAGGUCGCGGGCUCGCGUACGCGGCCCGCAUCGCUGGUGGAGCCAUUCGCGACGGAAUCGGUCGGCGACCAGCAGAACAGUAAGAGCGUAAGCAGCGACCGGUUCAGACUAGUGCUUCUGUACGUGCUUCAGCUAACCAGCGUCGGUGCCUCGAUCGCGGCCGUUGUACUCAUCUGGUACUACAUGGGUUGGGAGUUUGGAUUGCCGGCGCUGCUGAUCACCUUGGCCGCGGUGUUCAUCGCCAGCGGCUGGUGGAGAUGGUGGUACAUCGCGUUUGUGACGUCGCCGCGUGAUAUCAAAGCUCUUACGAGGUACAUCAAGUUGCUGGGACUGGUACGCAAGCACGCGAAAAACAAUGCUACGAUCGGAGACAUCUUUGCGGAGUUCGUGUCGAAGCAGCCGGACAAGCCAUGUCUCAUAUUCGAAGGACGCAGCUGGACGUUCCGUGAGGUAAAUGACUAUUCCAAUCGGUUGGCGAACGUGUUCCAUUCGCAUGGUUACAAACAUGGUGAUGUGGUGGGAUUGCUGCAGGAGAACCGGCCCGAAUUCGUUGCCACCUGGCUGGGACUGUCGAAGUUGGGUGUGAUCGUUCCACUGAUCAACCACAAUCUGCGCAAGAAUGCUCUCAUGCACAGUGUGACGGUAGCCAACUGUAAUGCUCUGAUCUACGGUGAAGCGUUGGCAGAUGCGGUGGCAGAAAUUGCCGACACACUGCCAUCUGCGGUUGCUCUCUAUCAGGUUAAUGAGGACGUUCAGAAACCGGUACUCACUAACGCCAAGGACCUGACGACGUUGAUGCAGUCCGCAUCGAAGGAGUUACCGGUGGAUGGCGUGAAGAAACCGAACCAUCACGAUAAGCUGAUCUACAUCUACACCUCCGGCACGACUGGACUGCCGAAGGCGGCUGUUAUCACGCAUUCCAGGUACAUCUUUAUUGCUGCUGCAAUCUCUCUGGUGGCUGGAUUCCGUGCGGAUGAUAUAUUCUACACUCCGUUGCCACUGUACCAUACUGCCGGUGGAAUGAUGAGCAUCGGUCAGGCACUGCUGUUCGGUGCGACGGUGGUUACUCGGAAGAAGUUUUCUGCUUCACAAUUCUUUACGGACUGUCAGAAGUAUAAUUGCACGAUUGCCCAAUACAUUGGUGAAAUGUGUCGUUACAUCUUGGCCACACCUGCGUCAGCAGCGGAUAAAGCACACAAGGUGCGUUUGAUAUUCGGUAACGGAUUGCGUCCUCAAAUUUGGCCCCAGUUCGUGGAACGCUUUAAUAUUCCGCGUGUGGCAGAAUUUUACGGUGCCACCGAAGGCAACGCUAACAUAGUCAACAUUGAUAACACGGUAGGAGCGAUUGGGUUCGUUUCACGUAUUAUUCCUGUGGUGUAUCCGAUUUCGAUCAUCCGUGCUGAUCCGGCGACGGGUUACAGUGAGCCAUUGCGCGGUAAGGACGGUUUAUGUCAGCUUUGCAAACCGAACGAACCCGGACUGUUUAUUGGCAAGAUCAUUCCGAAUAACCCGUCACGUGCUUUCCUCGGGUACGUCGAUAAGGGUGCAACCGAGAAGAAGAUCGUGCGCGAUAUCUUCCGCAAGGGUGAUGCGGCCUUCCUGUCGGGUGAUUUGCUCGUAGCCGACGAACGGGGUAGUCUGUUCUUCAAGGAUCGUACCGGUGAUACGUAUCGCUGGAAGGGUGAAAACGUUUCGACGAGCGAGGUAGAAGCGGAAGUCAGCAAUGCCUGCGGCUAUCGGGACACGGUGGUGUACGGUGUGGAGGUCCCGAAUCUAGAAGGCCGAGCUGGAAUGGCUGCAAUACUGGAUCCGGAGCGGCAAGUUGAUUUGGAGCAGCUGGCACGCACACUGAAGGACACAUUGCCAUCGUACGCACGGCCACAAUUUGUACGACUACUGUCGAAGGUUGACAUGACCGGUACGUUUAAGCUGAAAAAGUUAGACCUCCAGGUGGAAGGUUUCGAUCCGAACGUUAUCGAGGAUUCGGUGUACUAUCUAACAUCCAAGGGCCAGUACGACCUGCUAACGCCGGAAAUCUAUGAGAAGAUAAAACGAGGCGAGAUCCGACUAUAGGGUGCUCUGGUGCGCCUUUCGCACACAUGCGGUGCGCAGUACAGGUUUUGUUUUUUGUUAAUUUACAUUUUUGUAUAUUGAAGGCUGUUUUUCCGCUUAGAACAACUGUGACAUUUUUCCAUUACAAGUUAACACGAAAAGGGCGAAAAGCUAAUAUCGAGAACCGUGGACGGGAUAGUCAAUUUAAGCACUUGAUGCGGAGGUACUAUUUCUGAUAGAUCUAUUUCUUAAUGUGGUGACUGAGUAUGAGAAGAUUUUAAAGGAUUUAGUUAUACUACGACGAGGAAGAUUACUUGUUGGUGUAACGAUACAAGACACAAACACUAAUAGUAAUACGUGAGAACACAAUGACGGUAACAAUAAAUACAGUAUCUGCUGAACAAGAA